UGGCGUGCGGAGAAAACCCGACGUCGGACGAACCUUAGGGCUCUAAGUGCAUCGGCAUUAUUCCGAACAAUCAUUCAUCAUAUUAACCCGUCCAUGCAACGGAUAUAAGCUCCAAGGCCUCGCUGCCCUAAAAAUACGGCUCGAAUAUUUAGAAUCCAAAAUUUGGAAUCCAUCCGGACUUGAUUAGUUUCUACUACGGCUGCAUAAUAAUCAUAAUCUCUCAAGAUGGCGGAAACCUCUGCUCCCACUUUCUACGUCGACGCACCUGAAGCCCAGAAAUUCGUUGAGAACGUGCUUAUAGGUAAUGGAGUGCCAGCAUCGAACGCGGAAAUUGUCGCUAGAUGCCUCAUAGCAGCCGACCUCCGCGGUGUAGACACCCAUGGGAUGAAUCGCAUCCCUUCGUACAUGACUCGGAUAAGGCAAGGUGUUCUCGAUGGAACCGCUUCACCUGAGUUGACCAAAAUCACGCCAAUGGUUGCUCAGGUAGAUGGGCGAAAUGGUUUUGGUUUCCUUGCCGCGUCGAAGGGGAUGGCGACCGCUGUGGAAAUGGCUCAUGAAUUUGGGAUCGGGAUGGUGAGCAUCAAGCACUCAAAUCACUUCGGAAUGUCAGCGUGGAUUGUGCAGCAAGCCAUAGAUGCUGGCAUGAUGAGCCUUGUCUUCACAAAUUCAAGCCCCGGCAUGCCUCCGUUUGGCGGGAAGGACAAGCUUCUGGGUGUCUCGCCAAUCGCAUGUGGCGCGCCCGGCGGAAAGGAGAGGCCUUUCAUACUUGAUAUGGCGCCCUCUGUUGUAGCUCGGGGGAAGAUCUAUAAAGCUAAGCGGCGCGGCGAAAAGAUUCCAUUAGAGUGGGCGUUAGAUUCGGAAGGUCGACCAACUGAUGACCCAGACGCGGCACUUGGUGGUGUAAUGCAGCCUAUGGGAGGUCCAAAGGGAUCGGGUUUAUCCCUCAUGAUGGAUUUAUUCUCGGGGGUACUCUCUGGUUCGGCAUUCGCGGGACAUGUAACUGGACCUUAUGAUCCAAGCAAGCCUUCGGAUGUUGGCCACUUCCUCCUGGCCAUCAAACCAGAUUUAUUCAUGAGUCUCGAUGAUUUCCGCGAACGCAUGGACUAUCUGUAUCAGCGCGUCGUUGGAGUAGAAAAGGCAGCUGGAGUCGAUCGAAUUUACUUUCCAGGAGAAAUUGAGCAAUUGCGGCAGGAAGAAAGAUUAAAUACCGGCAUCCCUCUUGUCCAAGCUGAGAUAGAUGCACUAAAUGAUGAGGCAGUAAAAGUAGGGAAGCCUUUGCUUGUGAUGAAGGGACAAUAAGUCGCGCGGCUAGUUUUCAAUCACUGAACUAGGUUGUUGUCGAACUGUUACUGUAUUUCUGAAAACUGAUUUUUUUCAAUCUAUUAGCCUUGAUAAUAAAUGUUUACUUUACUCCUUUUCGUUACAACCUAACAAAGCAUCCUCGAGUGAGCUCAGAGUCAU